AUGCCGUUGAAUGUGCAGCAGCAGAACAAGCCAACUCAGUUUGGUGGCACAAAGAAGCUUUUACGCCGCCGGAUAUGCAAGCAUACGGCGGAGCCGGCUCCUUUCAUCAGAUUUGGCCCAUUAUAUAGUCCAGAAAUGGACGAUUUUCGAGCCGCGAAGGAAAAACUUUGGCAGCAUAUUUUGCGAACCCCUUCUGGAAAUGAAGAAAAAAACAAGGCUUUAUACAUAUCUUCAAUCAGAUCAAUCGAAAAAGAAGCAAGAAAUAGUUAUGACUCCACCGACAGAAGUUUUGCCGAAAUGACAGGACAUGAGUUCAGGAUGAUAAUGAUACAAGAUAGUUGUUUUUUCAUACAACUGUCCUUGUUUUUCCUUGGUAUCCACAACCAUCUUCCGGAUCAUGAAUUCUUCAGAGAAAUUUCACACAACAGAGUCAAGAAACGUAAAUGCAUUGCAUCUAUGUUUCAUGUUGGCAACCAAAUCCCCCUGCUGGUUCUCAAACAAAUCAUAAAUCAAGACUAUUUCCAGAAGAUCAUAGCAAAUGGCAGCUACGAGAAACCCGAGUCCGAUCUAGCUAAGAUGGUCUUUUACGAGUUUGUAUUGUUGCUGGGGUUGAAAACUGGGAUGAGAAUCCCUAUUUGGGCGUGGGAAUUGCAGUAUCAACCUUGUGAUAUUCUCCACGGACUCCACCUGCGACUUCUUGGACCAGAAAACAACAUUAAAGACGAAAGCGAAGAUGAUUCAGAUGAUGAACUUGAUUUGGAAGCCGGCAACAGCGGAACUGAUUCAUUACUCGUGUUGACCAACACGAGUAAUAAUCAGACCUGUGGGUGUACAACUGAACAGAAAAGAGAGUUUAAAAGUGCUUCAGAGUUGAACCAAGCAGGCAUAAAAUUCGAGGUCGUAGAGCGAAGAGGAAUCAAAGUGAUAAGGUUCAAAAGAUGGUUUUAUCCAUUCGAUCCUUGUUUAUCCUUGCCUCCAUUCUUAGUUGAUGCGCAUACUAAACUACUAUUUCAAUCUCUGAGAAAUUAUGAGGCUGCUCAAAAAUUUGAUGAGAAUCAACGCGAGUUGACGUCGUAUUUGAGAUUCAUGCACGAGUUGAUUCAAACAUCUGAAGAUGCCAGAGUCCUUCAUUUGGAUGGAAUUAUACAAGGAAGUUGGAAACAUACAGAAAAAGUACCAAGAAUUCUUAAGGAAGUUGCUGGUGAAGAGGAGAUCACUUGUCCCAAACUCCGACUUGCAAAAUUCCAAGUCAACUAUUUUGAUCGUCCGCCAUGGGUCAAUACAAUUUCACAAUACUUUACAUUAAUUUUCGCCCUCACAUUCCUCCAAACAUUUUACACUAUGUACGCUUACCACAAACCAAAUUCAUAA